CAGCGCUGCCCCCCUCAUCCCCCCCUCCCCUUCCCCUCCCCCUCCCCUGUGAGAGGGGAGGGAGGGCAAAGAUGGCGGCGGUGAGUUAGAAAGCGGCGGGCGGCGGGGCCAGCGGCAGAGACUUCCAGGAGCAGCCGCGGGAGGAACGUGAGCGAGCGAAGAUGGUGGAGCCAGGACAAGACCUGUUGCUUGCUGCUUUGAGUGAGAGUGGAAUCAGUCCAAAUGAUCUAUUUGAUAUUGACUCGCCGGACGUGGUUCUUGCAAAUCCAGCACCAACUCCAGCUGUUCAGCAGUCAGUGCCACUUAGUGCAUUAGAACUAGGCUUGGAGACUGAGGCCACAGCUGCUGUGAAACAAGAACCAGAGACCGUAUCAACUCCAGCCUUAUUAAAUGUUCGGCAACCACCAUCCACCACGACCUUUGUGCUGAAUCAAAUAAAUCAGCUUCCAACUUUGGGGACUACAAUAGUGAUGACAAAAACAACACCUGUUACAACUACGAGGCAGACUAUCACUGUAGCAAAAAUCAUUCAGACCAGCACAACUACUCGACCCUCGGUUGCAGCACCAGCAGUUCGCAAUGCCUUGACCACGACACCUUCAAAGGACCAGAUUCAGCUGAAAGAUCUGCUGAAGAAUAAUAGUCUUAAUGAACUCAUGAAGUUGAAGCCACCUCCUAAUAUUGCCCAACCAGUAGCAACAGCAGCAACCGAUCUAAGCAACGGUGCAGUGAAGAAGGAGGCUUCCACAAAAGAGGUAGCAAGAAUAUGGAUAAAUGAUAUUAAAAUGAGAAGUUUUUCACCUACUAUGAAAGUGCCAACAGUAAAAGAGGAGGAGGAACCUGAGGAAGAAGAUGAAGAAGAAAUGGGCCAUGCAGAAACUUAUGCUGAGUAUAUGCCAAUAAAAUUAAAAAUUGGUCUACGCCAUCCUGACCCAGUAGUGGAAACCAGCUCAUUGUCCAGUGUAACUCCUCCUGAUGUGUGGUACCAGACAUCGAUAUCAGAAGAAACAAUUGACAGUGGCUGGUUGUCAGCUUUGCAGCUUGAAGCAAUCACUUACGCAGCCCAGCAACAUGAAACAUUCCUGCCCAACGGAGACAGAGCUGGAUUCUUGAUAGGUGAUGGUGCUGGUGUAGGAAAAGGAAGGACCAUAGCUGGAAUAAUCUAUGAAAAUUACUUGUUAGGCAGAAAAAGAGCAGUCUGGUUUAGUGUGUCAAAUGAUCUGAAAUAUGAUGCUGAAAGAGAUUUGAGAGAUAUCGGAGCAAAAAACAUAUUGGUUCAUUCAUUAAACAAGUUCAAGUAUGGGAAAAUUUCUUCCAAACAUAACGGAAGCGUGAAGAAAGGUGUCAUCUUUGCUACUUAUUCUUCUCUUAUUGGUGAAAGUCAGUCUGGUGGUAAAUACAAAACCAGAUUAAAGCAGCUGCUUCACUGGUGCGGUGAAGACUUUGAUGGAGUCAUUGUAUUUGAUGAGUGUCACAAAGCUAAGAAUCUGUGUCCUGUUGGUUCAUCAAAACCAACAAAAACAGGUCUGGCUGUAUUGGAACUUCAAAAUAAACUUCCAAAAGCCAGGGUUGUUUAUGCUAGUGCCACAGGUGCGUCUGAGCCAAGGAAUAUGGCAUAUAUGAACCGUCUUGGAAUAUGGGGUGAAGGAACUCCAUUUAGGGAAUUCAGUGAUUUUAUUCAGGCUGUUGAAAGAAGGGGUGUUGGUGCCAUGGAAAUAGUUGCUAUGGAUAUGAAGCUGAGAGGAAUGUACAUAGCAAGACAGUUGAGUUUUUCAGGUGUAACUUUCAAAAUUGAUGAAGUUCUGCUUUCACAGGAAUAUGUUAAAAUGUACAAUAAAUCUGUGAAACUGUGGGUCAGUGCUAGAGAGAGGUUUCAGCAAGCAGCCGAUCUUAUUGAUGCAGAACAACGAAUGAAAAAGUCUAUGUGGGGUCAGUUUUGGUCAGCUCAUCAGAGGUUUUUCAAGUACCUUUGCAUAGCGUCUAAAGUGAAGAGGGUGGUGCAGCUAGCUCGGGAAGAAAUCAAGAACGGGAAAUGUGUUGUUAUUGGCCUGCAGUCAACAGGAGAAGCAAGAACAUUAGAAGCCUUGGAGGAAGGUGGUGGUGAACUGAAUGACUUUGUUUCUACAGCAAAAGGAGUAUUCCAGUCUCUUAUUGAAAAGCACUUUCCAGCUCCUGACAGGAAGAAGCUGUUUAGCUUGUUGGGAAUUGACUUGACUGCUCAAAGUAAUAACAAUUCACCCAGAGACAGCCCUUGCAAGGAGAACAAAAUAAAGAAACGGAAAGGUGAAGAAAUAAGCAGAGAAGCCAAAAAAGCUCGCAAAACAGGCGGCCUUGCAGGUAGCAGCUCUGAUGAGAGUGAAAGUGAGUCUGAUGCUUCAGACAAUGAAGAAAGUGACAAUGAGAGCUCCAGAUUUUUGAGUUCUGGAGAUGAUGAUGACUUCAACCCAUUCAGAGAUGAAUCCAGUGAAGAUGACGAAGAUGAUCCCUGGUUAAUUAGAAAAGAGCAUAAAAAAAAUAAAGACAAGAAAAAGAAGAAAAGCAUAGACCCAGAUUCUAUUCAAAGUGCCUUACUAGCUUCUGGUCUUGGAUCAAAACGACCUAGCUGUUUUACUUCCACUGUUGGUACCACCACUUCUAGUACCAACAUGUCAGCAAACAGUAACACAAACAGCAGCUUUGUAACAAGUCAGGAUGCUGUUGAAAGGGCCCAACAAAUGAAAAAGGAACUGCUUGAUAAACUGGAAAAGCUGGCUGAAGAUCUUCCACCUAAUACACUGGAUGAGCUUAUAGAUGAACUCGGUGGUCCGGAAAAUGUUGCAGAGAUGACUGGCCGCAAAGGGCGAGUUGUAAGCAAUGACGAUGGCAGCAUAUCUUACGAGUCGAGGUCCGAGCUUGAUGUGCCCGUUGAAAUUCUGAACAUCACAGAGAAGCAGAGGUUCAUGGAUGGAGAUAAGAACAUUGCCAUCAUCUCGGAGGCUGCCAGCUCUGGGAUAUCAUUGCAAGCAGAUCGUAGAGCUAAGAACCAGAGACGGAGAGUUCACAUGACUCUGGAGUUGCCGUGGAGCGCGGAUAGAGCAAUACAGCAGUUCGGAAGAACUCAUAGAUCCAACCAAGUGACUGCCCCAGAGUAUGUGUUCCUAAUUUCUGAAUUGGCCGGAGAGCAAAGAUUUGCAUCUAUAGUUGCAAAAAGACUGGAGAGCUUGGGAGCCCUCACCCAUGGUGACAGACGGGCUACAGAAACUCGAGACCUCAGCAGAUUCAAUUUUGACAACAAGUAUGGCAGAAAUGCUUUAGAGAUUGUUAUGAAAUCCAUUGUGAACUUAGACUCCCCAAUGGUCUCGCCACCUCCCGAUUUUCCUGGAGACUUCUUCAAAGAUGUUCGUCAGGGAUUGAUUGGCGUAGGCUUGAUAAAUGUAGAAGACAGAUCUGGAAUACUAACGCUUGAUAAAGAUUAUAACAACAUAGGGAAAUUUCUGAAUAGAAUUCUUGGCAUGGAAGUACAUCAGCAGAAUGCUUUAUUCCAGUACUUUUCUGACACGUUAAAUGCAGUUAUUCAAAAUGCUAAAAAGAAUGGAAGAUACGAUAUGGGCAUCUUGGAUUUGGGCUCUGGGGAUGAGAAAGUAAGGAAGGCAGACGUUAAGAAGUUUCUAACUCCUGGAUAUUCUACCUCUGGACACGUAGAACUAUACACAAUCAGUGUGGAGAGAGGAAUGUCUUGGGACGAAGCAACUAAGAUCUGGGCGGAACAGACAGGUCCAGAUGAUGGAUUUUAUUUAUCACUACAGAUAAGAAAUAACAAGAAAACCGCUAUUCUAGUAAAAGAAGUGAAUCCUAAAAAGAAGCUUUUUUUAGUAUACAGACCAAAUACUGGGAAACAACUCAAACUAGAAACAUGUGCAGACCUGAAAAAGAAAUAUAAGAAGGUACCUUCUGAAGAUGCUCUGCCACACUGGUUAGAGCAGUACAAUUCUUCUGCGGAUACUUGCACCCAUGCUUACUGGAGAGGCAAUUGUAAGAAGGCAGGCUUGGGGUUAGUUUGUGAAGUGGGACUCCGCUGUCGAACUUACUACGUCUUGUGUGGUUCAGUAUUGAGCGUCUGGACAAAAGUAGAAGGCGUUCUAGCCUCUGUGAGUGGUACAAAUGUGAAAAUGCAAAUAGUUCGUCUAAGAACAGAAGAUGGGCAGAGGAUCGUAGGUUUGAUCAUUCCUGCAAAUUGUGUAUCGCCCCUUGUAAACCUCCUGUCGACGUCAGACCAGUCUCAACAGCUUGCAGUACAGCAGCAGCAGAUAUGGCAGCAGCAUCACCCGCAAAGCAUCACCAAUUUCAACAAUGCAUAAGAGGACAAACUACAGGUGUUGACUUUGGUGUUUGAGGAAAAAGGCUGUAAAAGCAUAUCACUUGCAUAAAAAUCAGGGACAGAUUCCAAAGAAAUAUAACUUUUUCAGUUCAGUUGUGUGCUCUCAAAUCCUUUGGGAAUAAAGAGAUCUUAAAAAGGUUGGUAGAACUGAAAGCCAGCAGUUGUUUAUGGUGGUGCAUCUGUCUUUCCUUAUGCUCUCUGUAGUGCUUCCUGUUUGCUUUUACUUUUGGCCUUUUAAGCUACAAACCACAAUUUGUUUGAAAAUGCUUGAAAAUCCCCAAGCAGGCUUUAUUUUUAUCUUGUCAUACAGUGCUCAGGGUUUAACGCAGUGCAUCAAUGCCAUUGCUGUGGGAGAUAUCCUUGAAUGCAUGUAUUGAGUAUAUAUAUAGAAAAUAUAUAUUGGGUUUUUCUCUUCGAUUUAUGAGUUUAUAAAAGCAUGAAACCUAGAGGUUGCACAUCAUGCAUUCAGGUUCCUUCCCAGUUUCUGUUUGACAGUGCAUGUCUUUGGAAACGGGCAUGGACAGGAUAAACACACCAGACAGGAAUUCAGAGAGAAACACAAUCUUAGUUGUACAGCAUUGGUUAUUGCAUUUUUAUAGUGUUUAUACCCAGGUGUUGCAUUUUUUCUGGUUCUCUCCUGGGGGUUAUAUAUUUGAGUCUACAACAUGUUCUUUUUGUGAUAAACAUCUUAAAUUAAAAUUAGUUCAUUUUUAAUGUAUUAAUGGUAUUCCUAAUGUGUACUGCAAAGAUGGCUGGAUGCCUAUUUUCCUUAAAUUGAAGCAUUUCCUUAAUCCGAGGUGGUUAUGGAAACUUAAGUGCAAAUUCACUUCCAUCUCGCAUACAAUCUUAUAUUUUUUACUUCAUUAACGUAAUUUAAUUUGUCACUUGUAAGAUGAAACCUUACUUGAGCUGUAAAUUAGAGAAUGGGAAACACUUGAGGGUUCCACUGUAUGUGCUGUUUCUGUUACCCAGUAACUUGAAUACUGUUUAAUAUGUUGUAAGACAUUGUAGAGUUUAUCUGGAGCUGUUUAAAAGAAAUUGUAAUGUACAAAUGUGAAUAGUCACUUAUCUAUAAUAUGGGUAAGUUUUGUUUUGCCUAUAAUAGUAGAUGUUUAUAAGAAAGUGAAGGACAAUGUUUGUCAUUUCUUGCUUGCACAGGUUGCACUAUUGAAAAAUUGAGAUUGUAUAAACCUGUCCAAAAAACCUACAAGAUCAUGAUCUUGUAGAUGUCAAAUAAAAGUUAUUGUACUAACAAGAAGUGGAGUCUUGUUUAGGCAAUCACCAUAUUUAAAAAAAAAACACUAACAAGUCUGUACAAUUGGAAUUUGACAGGACUUGGCAUGUUCCAGUCUGCUUUAACCAGGCUUCUGUCUUGCAGCCCAAAUAAUUUCAGUUGAACUCAUUAAUGAGGCAAGAAGUAAACUGUGUAAACCUGUAAGGGUCACCUGGCAGAGCAGCAAUCCUUGUAGCGUAGGGCACUUCUGUAACCAGACUGAAGUGUUGUAAAGAGCGUUUCCAGAAGUAACAGGGCCAGAAGGUCCACAGCUUCAGGCUGAAGGGAGUUUCUUUAUGGGAAUUACUUUGCUUGAGGUGCCCUUAACACUGCCUGCGCAGGCACCUGCGGGCGGUAACAGCACCUGCUUCCCUCUGCUCCCUGUCUGGCCGGGGCGAGGGGACGUGUCCCCUGCACGUGCUUGUGACUAACUGGAAACACGGAUCUAGGCUAAACCAGCACACGCUCUACCACCAUGGCACCCGCUACGUCUCUGCAAAGCGCUUGUGAUGCAGGUGGUAGGUGUUGCAGAGCUUUGUAACCUGCUGGCAGUCAGGGGAGGCUGGCCUGAGUGCUUGGCGCACCUGUAGGGGCUUGGGAAAGCUGUAGACCACAGGCAGGGUGUGGGGGAGGAUGUUGAUGUGUUUUGUACCCACCAUUGGAUGUAUUUGGCAUCCAUUCCAGGAAAAGUAAUGGGAUUGAGAGGCAUGUUGACAUACUACUGCAGCAGGUAAUGAACCAAACAACUAGUGCCAGCAAGCAGUGUGUGGACUUUGCUGCCUUUUUGUUUUAAUUCUUACUGUUUGGUGUAGAAACUUCUACCAUCUGAGAUGGUAACAAUAUUUUAGAUACUAAUCCUCAGUAAGAUGGUUCUGGAAGUGGUAAGUUCACAAGUAGUAAUACUUUUUUUUUUUUAAACAAUUCAUUAUUUAAAUAACACGCUUAAGUUCCUAAGUGCGCUUCUCAGCCUGUUGUGUGAAUUUUGGUGGUUGGGGUGAGCAAAUCCUGAAUUGGGUAUUUGCUGUAUUGGUAACCAAACUGCUAUUUUGGGGAGCUCACACCCUCUUAAAUUUCCCAUGGACUUUUGUCCCCUGAAGGGAAAAAACCUGAUGGUACUCAAAAAGAUCCAUAAGAACUGUUCCCGUUCCAGAAAUCAGUUUCCCUCCUUGCUGUCCUUUGCCUGCUCUCUGCUACCUGCCACCAUCGAUGCCUUGGCUUUGUCAUUCAGUUAAUAACACAUCUGCAUCCACAGCUCUGCAGUGUUAUAACACCUUAAAGGUUUAACAUCAAAAAAAAUAAGCCUUCCAGCUACAGAAACAAUUUCUGUUUUGAAAAUUCCUGCUUGGCGGUUGGGGUGUGGUUUUUGGGUAGUAGUUUGUUCCUUGCAUGAGCUGCUGAUAAAGCUUGGGGAAGGAAAGGCGGAUAAAUAGCACAGGGGAUGGGAUAAGGAGCAGCCAUACAGUGUCCUCUUGCAGCGCUGCCCCUAAGACAAACAUCCUCAGGAAGGAAAAAGGAGAGAGUGAUGGGCAUGGUGUAAAUUACCUGGCUCUGCAGGAGCAGUCUCUGUGUUUUUCCUGCUUGUGGGGCAUUGACCUGCUUCGUACAAACUGCCAUCUGAAAUGGAUGUAAACUAUAUGAAGGGUAGAUGUCUGCUAACAGGCAAAGCUACCUGUAAAAUGGCAGUAAUUUCUGUAUUGCCUGAGUUUUGGAAGCAUGCUGUAGGAGGGGAAGAUACAUAUUUAAGUUGACUUGGGAACUGAAUGUAUAAAGUUUGGGUUUUUUUUUAAACUGUCCCUUGACAGCAAUUAAAUUUUGACUCAUUAACUAGUUUCGUACUUAAGAUAGGUCUGAUGCAGUAAAUGCAAUUAUAACCCACUAAAAGCUCCCUCUGUACAGCAAGUUUUCAGUUUUUUUCCCCGAUCACUGGAUGGUCCAUUGGGAAUGCCCCUCCUGUGGGGAACCAAGUCCUUACAGAUACUAGUUGUCUAGUCAGUGUGUAGUAUUUUCUUUGUAAAUGAAGAAAGCUCUGCAACCUGUAAACAUUUGUCAAGUGAAUUAUCAAGGGUUUUUUGUAUUUUUCUUUCAUGUUUGGAAUAAGCUUCACUCAGAUCCCAUCAUGUUCUGUACAUAUAUAGAAAGAGUAUGUAUGUAUAUAGAGAUGUUAAAGCUACUGAAUUAUUGAAUGUAAAUAACUCUUUGUUUUC